AGCUGACUGAACUAACAUCAACUGACUUUUAACCAUUGAUUUUUAAAUAUUGUCGCAUUCACUACGUAAACAAACUGAAACAAAGGAUCUUCAGUACUUAGUGGAUUUGAAUUUCUUAAAAUUGCUGCAAAAAAUUCGGAAAUCAUAAUUGAUUCUUGAAUUAGAAUUAUUUUUCUUUACAGUGUUAUUAUAAAACUAUUCUGAAAGUGUUAUCGGACCAAAGCGGAGCACGCAAAAUAAUCAAUGUUUAUUUUUAUCUCUGCGAUAAUGAGGCGUGUCAACCUAUGUGGCACGUGAAUUCUUCAAAAAAUUAAGCAUGUCUAGAAGAAAGGUAGGCCGAGAAAAACAAUUUAACAGCGUGGAUUAUACUCAACUCACCGAAACCGAUCAUGGUUUCGUAGAUUCUCAAUUUGUGCAGCCUCCUGUGAAAAUACCAUGGAAGGCGAUUAUUCUAGCAGCCCUCCUUUUUAUCGGAGGGACUAUCAUGCUUGUAAUCGGCAGCUUAAUUGUCAGUGGUCACAUUGACACUAAGUAUUCGGAUCGAAUGUGGCCGAUAAUAAUUUUAGGAGCCUUAAUGUUUAUACCAGGAGCUUAUCACGUAAGAGUAGCGAUAUUAGCGUAUCGGAAAGUUCCUGGCUACUCGUUUGAUGAUAUUCCCGAAUUCGAAUAAUUAAAUCAAUUUUAUUUUGCGUGUAAGUGUUACCAAUAUGUGCUGUUUGAGUCGCCAAGAUUUGAGAAACUCUGAUUGUCGUGAAUAAACGUUCAAGUUUUCUAAAUAAUACAUGUACAACUUACAAAUAAGCGCGUUAUAAAAUCAAAGUAAAACUAAUGUUUUGUUAGUAUCACGAUCUGGAUUAUUGUUAUUUCGUUAAAAAUAUACAACUAUUAGAUUGUUAAGAAUUACGCCUUAUUUUUUAUAAAUCAGAAAGGCAGACAACUACGUUUAAAUUUAAGUGUGUUGAAUAAAUUAUAAUUUACUUAUUACAUUUUGCUACUGCUGUACAAUGAUGUAACAUAUAUUUGUUAUUAAAUAAUUCAUAUUU